AUGGCUACUCCGAAAAGCACCGUAACACGUACAACUUCCAAGACAAGUUCAGCACCCGGGUCAACCACAAUCAUAAUAAUCACUUCAACUAAGUCUAUAGAUGGCACUUUGGCGCCGCUAACUACGACAUUCAUCCCCCCAUCGUCAUGCUUUGAUCGCUACUACCAGGAAAAUUCUAGCUCAGUUGCCUCCGUCAUUACGAGUGGUACUCUCGAUCCCUCGUACAAUGGAUGUCAACUACACAACCGCCCGGAACUAACGUACAGUCCUGGCAUGUGCCCUGGGCGCAUGACUACAGCCGCGCGACAACUAAACGGCGACCAUUUCACUGAGUGGUGUUGCCAGAGUGGAUACUCAUAUGACCCCAGAGGAUGUGGUUCAGUUGUAGCGAGCAGGACAACGGUUCCUAUAUAUCCAACCUCAGAUAACACACAACAUUCAGCCACGGUGACCAGCGUUGUAGCCGUACACGAGGCAGUCACCAUUAUCUGGGCCUCAACAGAUCUCAACCUGUUCCCAUCUGAUGUUGCAUCAAGCCGAUCUGCUCUAUUCUCGGACUCCAACACCACCACAGGGUUGACUCAGGCGGCUAAAAUAGGAAUCGGUGUUGGCGUAGCUGUAGGGGCUUUGAUCAUCCUGACCGUGGGCUCUGCAUGGUUGAUCAAAGUGAUGAGACAAAAGAAAAGGCACCCCAAGAAGGGAAGAAAUGUUGCAGGAGAGUUGGAUGGGGACCAAAAGAUCUGGAAACGGUUCUUUGGUCGCGAAUGGAGAGCAGAGCUCCCACCGGAUGGACUGCCCGCUGAGUUGGCCACGGAGCCGGCAAAUCCAGCAGAGCUAGCAGUACAGCAGAUUCCCGUAGAGCUGCCGACUGGUGGAGAAAACGAGAUCCCAGGAAAACCCAGCAUCAGAGAUGGGAAAUAUCUUCAGUCGUGA